AUGACUUCCCGGACUCCCAGCUUUAUAGCUCCGCUUAGCAAUGACCAUGGACCUUCCGCUGUUACGAAUCCUGUCUUCGAGCUCGCCAGACAGGAUACAGCGUCGUCUACCGGCAGCGCAACUCAGUUGCCUCCAGGCUAUUGGGCAAUGAACCUCAGUGGAAACUGUCCCAGCUGCCAUCACCACCACAGAUCUCUUCGUAUGCGCGUCCGCGUAUCAGGCGACUCUACUCAAUUCGGCAAUGUUCACUGCGAAAAGUGCCACAGGCUGUGGUUAGCCUUUGGACAAAUCAAUACUACACGCCUCUCCCUGUUGUCUACCAUGAGUAUAGAGCCACCACCCCUGGAGUCUGAGUUUCGCGCUGCCCUCAUUCAUAUUAUACGAGCUGCUACUCCCAUUGCCGCAUUGUCGCCCACUCUCACAGCGAUCCCAGAAGCGACCUCGUCUGUUCCAUCGCGAGAGACAUCUGUCCGCUCAACCACUCGUGUUGGCCUUCACGGGCCCCCAACAACAACUGAGAAUGAACCUGGAUUAACACCUAUGGCUCUUAUCGAAAGUGUGUCUGGAUUGCGCAAUGCCAAGACUCAUACAGAACAUAGGCAGACACAAAAGAGCAACCGUUUUGGUGCCAAAGGUUCUCACUUUCUGCGCCAUAUCAAGCAGAGAAUUGUUUCGAAGCUGCCCAAUCGUGGCUCAUGGUUUGUUAGGAAAAAAUCCAUGCCAGAGCAGCAUCAAGGAGCGCACGAGUCUUUGACUACCAACGUCCAACCUCCUUCAUUGCACUCCACAGCCUGUGACGACAAUACAAACUCAUCCGUAACACUCGAAACUGGACCUGUAGCCAAUCCACCUAAUAUCUGCGAUGGAGCAAGUACCUCUGCCGAUGCGUUAGCUUCUCUCAAAGCCCUGGACCCACACGUAUUGCAGCCUUUGCCUGCUCAUCAGCUGUUCGAAUGGGGCCGUGAACAAAUCACAGGGUUCAAAGCGCUUCCGGAUUGUCCAACGAACCCGCCUGCUAUGGUCGACAACGAGACUCAGAUUAGUGUCCCAGAUUGUUUGCAAUUGACUCUGGAUCCUUACUCUCAACGUCGUUUCUCUUUGGCCCAUAUAGGUGGCUGGCUUGGUAGCGACGAGCACUUGGACUCAAUUCGUGGGAGUAACGCUACAAUCGCUACACACCCCCUCAGUAUAAGCGAAACUCGGUUUUCAGAAGCUGAAACUAUCGCCGAAACCACGCGUGGAUCCCGAGAGCACCGCCCCCAUUCUCUCAACUUGGCUAUGCAGGCCAAUUUGAACAGAGCAGAGGUUCGCAGAUCAAUCGAGUCGACCACUACCGGCGGUGCUGUCAGAAGUAUAGCUACAGGGAGGCGUGCCGACAAUGUUCUACCGCGUACAUCGAUGCACCGAACAUCAUCAGUCUAUGAUACGGAGCCUCCAACUCCCCGCCAAGUUCGGUUCGAAGAUGAGAGAGAGUCUGAGAGCGAUCACGAGGACCACCACUCGCUCCCCGAGUCGCCCCGAACACCCUUUACGACAGCAUAG